UGGAUAAAGUCGUUAAAAAAACGUCAAAUUGUGGUUAAAUUCGUAACGGAAAUCCCAAUUCCUAAAUCUAAAAAUUCUUCCAAAACAAAAGGAUUUAAUUCAAAAGAACCAUUUAAGUGUGUUAAAAAUACUAAGUUUAUAAGAAUGUUAUGUUAAAAAUGUCCACGAGAUCUAGAAAACGAAUUCACGGUUCCAUCCAUGAGAACGCCGAGGAUGAUGUCGCAGAGCUUAAGAGUGAGAGGAAAACUCGCGGCAAGCGACAGACAGACAACUAUAAUGAGAUAGCAUCAGCGAAGAAACGUAAGAAUUAUGUGCGUUACCCUUCCGAAGAGGAUAUAGCGGCUAUGAGUAAUGCCGAGAAGCUGCUCAAAGAGCAAAACAUCGUAACCACUAAACCUGAGACGUUAAAUGAUGAUAGAACUGCGCGCCUCCAUCGUAGGACAAGAAAAUCCGAAACUGUAAACAAUAGAGAAAACAUGGAGACAGAUAACGAGAUUAAAACUAAAUUAAGUAAAAAUAACAAAAAAGUUAAGACAGUCACUAGUGAAAAUACACUUGAACCAAUAUUACAACCAAUUAAGAAAAAAUCUAAUAAAAAAAAGAACAAACGUAAAUCAGGAUCUAUUGUUGUUGAAGAUAUUUCUCAGACCAACAGUGGUAAAAACAAUCUGAGUAAUAUGUCUGUUGAGUCCUUCUACAGUGCUGCGGGCAGCCCAUUUAAAGACAGUGAAGUUUUAGAAGCUAGUAAAAAAAUUGUCCAAGAAGAUGUCCCAUCAAAAUCUACUAGGAGUCAUGAUAAAGUCCUAGUAAAUGUAGUACUAAAUCAUCAGUUUGAAGAUGUGCCAUCAAAAGCUACUACUAGAAGUCAAACGCAUAAAGUGGACAAGAAAAAUUUAGAAAAUGCUGAGUUAAAAUCAACAAAAAGGAAGAAUGUCAAACGUAAAAAAAAGUUAACCAAUGAAAAUCUAUUCAACAAUUCCUUGACUAAAGCUACUAAUGCGGAAGAAAUCGAUAAUUCAUCAAAAGUUAGUGUCAUUGAGCCAAUCUUGCAGACAAAUGAUGUUAAUAAUAUUACUCAAGACAAACAACUUACAGAUUUAUUCUACAAUUCACCCAGCUUUAACAACUCUUUGAAGAAUUCUAGUGAGAAAAGAAGAUCAAAAAUUAACUCAUUCGAAACUGUACAUAGUAUUAAAAUACCUGAUAAAUUAAUAAUACUUGAUACAACUAAAGAAAAUAAUUCAAAGGUAAACUCAACAUAUGAUAAAAUAAAUAUCUCUGAGACUUACUUAAAUGUUACUUUUAAUAAAGAAGUUUCUAAUAAUAUCUCUGAGAAUGAAAAUGUCGAACCGCAAGAUGUUUUCCUUAAAAGUACUAAAAAGGGUCUCAAGAAGAAAAGAAAAUCAACUAAUAACAAAAUUAAUGUAUCAGAGGCUAAUUUAAAUGCUACUUUUGGGAAAGAUAUUUCUAAUGAAUGUGUGAAUCAAUCUGAACAUUCAGAAAAUGACUCGACUAAUUUAAAUGUUACUGGCAAAAACAGCAAUAAAAAGAGAACAAAUUCAACUUAUGAUAAAAUAAAUUUCUCAGAAACCAGUUUAAAUGCUACUUUUGAUGAAAAAAUGUGUGAAAACCCAAUAAUAAAUGUAUCUGAAGAAACACAGAUGGUCUUAACAAAUGGACUGAAGAACAGUGAUAAGAAAAAAAGAAAGUCUAGUGACAGAAAAUUAAUUUCUGAUGAGUUUGAGUCUUCUGAUAUUAAUUUAGAUGCUACUGAUGUAAAGAACAAUUCUAAUCUAAAAAUUCAAACAGCACAAAGUAAAGAAUUGAGAAAGUCAAAACGGUUUUCAAAAACUUCACUAGACCAAGUUGAAACAUCGAAUUUAAACACAACAUAUGACAAAAGCUCCAUAACUGACAGUCAGCCCAACUCGCGUAAUAACUCUACAUUUGACAAAUCAGCUAAAAUCAAUACUACUUUCGAAAUGGUUACAAAUACCAAACUUGAUGCAACUUUUGAUAAGUCUCAAAACAAUGACACGAGACGCGGAUCGUCUCUCAUAAGCUCUGACACAACAGGUAAUGCCUCCUCAGAGAUCUCUAAAGAUAUUUCUCGGAUUAGUAUUACAAGUGAUGAGUCUGUGGUGGACAAUGUUGUUAAUAUUUCACCAUUUUUAAUUGAAAGCAGCAUAGAUGACUCACAAAUCAAUAUUAGCUCUCACGAAGCUAAUAAGAGUACUAAACCAAAUGCAGAAAUUAAAAAUGCGGCAUCACCUCCAAAACUUCAAAAAGCAUAUAAGGAUAAUAGAGAUAUCACACUGGAAGAGAUGAAUAUAGAAAUGAAAUCAAAAACUCCACCAAAAUGUGACGAGAUAGGUACAGAAAUUACUUGCAUGACACCAUUAAUAAAAAAGGAUAGAACUUAUACCGAAAUUAAGUACUCUACACCGACCAAAUAUGAAGGAACAUGUAUAGAAACCAAGAAAGUGACUACGCCAAAAAGCAAAGACACUUUUACAGAAACAAAAGUUCCGAAAACAUCUCUACGCGAAGGCACUUAUACAGAAUUGAAAACCGCGAGAACACCGUUGAAACGCGAAGGAACUUACACUGAACUCAACCCUACAACUACCCCGUCUAAGAACGAUGCAAUCAAUACACAAAAUACAACUAAAACUCCUAUAAAAUUCAAUGAUAGUGUCGAGAAUAAAAACGCAACACCAACGUUAAAAAGAGAGGGUACUUUCACAAAAGAUUCAAAUGUACCCGAGUCUCCAAAAGUACAAUCAAACAUUAACAAAACUCCAAUUCGACGGAAAUCAUUACCUUCGCCUGGACGCACACCCUUCCCUAUAUUUAAAACCACUUCAAAUGAACAAGAAAAUGGUGAAAAGAGUAUUUUAAACAUAACUAGAUCUAUUGAGAAGUCAAACAGACGGUCGUCAGUGGCAGAGUAUCUUCCAAGAGCGACCAAAGUAAUGUUUUGCAGCCCUGUGGCUACACCCAUGGUUAUGGGGCAGAUGAAGGGGAAGGUUAUCAAGUCUAACUUGAAGGGGUCAGACAAGAGCUUUGUUUUUGAUGAAAGUGUAUCGGGUAGUGCCCGGCCGCCUCGCAAGCGCUCGCACACGCAGAGCGAAGCGGAGGGCGUCGGCUCGAAGCGGACGCGCCUCACAGGAGACCAGCGGCAAUCCGUCCAGCGCCUCUCGCGACCUCGCACCGCCAGCGCCUCAGGAAAACUCCAAGACCCAGGCACACCAUCCAAAAAAGCUUCAACAUUAAACAAAUCCAAAACAGAAGUCACCCCAUUCAAGUCAAAGCCUGAGGGCCGAGUGCUGCGGACCAAGCUGCCCAACUUUGCGGCUUUGCACCAGAAGCACUUUGCCAAGAUGGAGUCUCUUGACGAGUGCCAGGAGAGGAAAGCCAAGCGAGCGAGGCAGCUCCUCACUCCCACCGGCUCUGUGAAUCUGUUGGAGAGGAUCAGUCCUAAAGAAAUGCAACCCUCUACGUCUCCCACCGAACCUCAAACUCAGAAAGCAGAAACAUCAAAGAAAUCAAUAAUACCUCCAGAACACAAAGGCUAUACCAGAUUCGGCUUCAAACUCAACACAGAUGUCAACCCCUUCAGCUUUACUGCCAACACGGAAACCAAGCCAAAGCAAACCCAAGAAAGCACUAUCAAACCGCUCAAGCAACCGGCGACGCUACCGUCGCGCGCCGGAGCCACUAAACUACGCAGAGAGGCCGCCAAACAAACCGUCAUGAGGGAAAAAUCUUUUGCAGAAAUAAGAGAUAUAAAGAGAAACGAGAAUAGAACCAUCAUAAAAGGCGUACGAACCAACAGGCGCUUCGAAUUACAAAUGAAGAUGAGGAAUGUUAAUAAUUAAGAUUUUUAUUUAGACAUGUAUUUUUUAUUUUUUGUAGGUAUAUUAUUUUAAUAGCCAUAUGAUACAAUGGUCACAGAACAAGUAGUCGGAUCUGAAGCUGCAACAUGGCGGCACAUUGACGUCGAUUCUGAUGUUUUUCUCUAAACUAAAUUUAGAGUAUAUGCAUCUUUUUCUUUUUAAUAGUGCUAAAAAAGAACGGAACAUGAAUUUUACAAUU